CAGAUGGAGGUUCCGCGAACUUAACUAUUGAUAGGCACGCGCAAAUCGACCGUCAAGAAGUGCCGGUAAAACAAAUGCGAAAUAGUCGCAUACAGUCCUUGCCGCGAGAAUCACGUUCUCUUCGUAUCAGCAAAUCAGAAACCUUCGAGCGUAUAUACUCGUUGCUUCGUGCGAUUCAACGCGAACAGUCGAACUUUCUUUUCAGAGCGUCGGUACGUCGACGUAAAAUAUCCAACGAAAAUAGAAUUUUUGUGACAUAACACAUAGCAAAGGGAGAAAAAAAAUGUCUACGGCAUUGUUAGCCGUAUUUGCCGUGAUCCUGUGCAUCCUGUUCAGGAUAUUAAACGUAAACAGUUCGCCGCAGAAGCCAUUGAUCAUUUGUCAGGAUCAAUCGUUUCUCACGACGAUUCUCAAAAUUGCACCUGUCAUAGGAGAACCGUAUAAACCAACAAGGUUAUGGGGUUUCAGUGGCCACGUACAAACCAUCGUUCACAGUGUUAUUGGCCGCGUCCGUUGCCCUUGGCCGAUUGGUGAACGAGUGUACAUCGCACUUCCGGAUGAGACCACUCUCACCUACGAUCUUUAUCAGCCUCUAACCAACGAUUACGAAGAUGAUGUCACGAUUGCCAUUUGUCCUGGGAUCUGCAACAGUUCUGAAAGUGUUUACAUAAGAACCUUCGUACACUUUGUGCAAUGCCAUGGGUAUAGAUGUGCAGUACUUAAUUACGUCGGUGUUCUGUCCAGUGUAAAAGUUACUGCGCCACGAAUUUUUACAUAUGGACACACUGACGAUUACCACACGAUGAUACAGAGUUUGGUGGAAAAGCAUCCGAACACAAAAAUAAUUUGCAUUGGAUUUAGCUUGGGCGGUAAUCUCGUCACUAAGUAUUUAGGGGAACGAGGAUCGAAUAAAAUAUCCAACAUAAUCGGUGGCAUAUCUAUUUGCCAAGGAUAUAAUGCCCUUGAAGGUACAAAGUUCCUGCUCAACUGGCAAAACUUCAGACGCUUCUAUCUCUACAUUAUGUCGGAAUCGGUGAAGAAUAUUAUUUUAAAGCAUAAGAAUAUUUUGUUGUCGGAUGAAGUUAAACAAAAGUACAAUUUAAAUGAACGGGAUAUCAUUUCCGCUGCUACGUUACCGGAACUCGAUGAAGCUUACACGAGGAAGGUACAUAACUUUAGAUCUGUAAAGGAAAUGUACAAAUGGAGUAGCUGCCUUUUCUAUUUGGAUAACGUUACUACACCCAUGGUAUUCAUCAACGCGUUGGAUGACCCCAUUGUACCUGAAAUGUUGUUAGAGCCCAUAAAGGAACAUGCGAAAAACCACCCUAAUACGGUGUACAUAGAAUUAGCCCAUGGUGGACAUCUGGGAUUCUACGAAGGUGGUCUUCUCUAUCCAAACCCCAUCACAUGGUUAGACCGUACAUUGGUCUCCCUCGUUGGAUCUCUGACGUUAGCGCACGCAGAUAAAUCACUGAAAGCCUCUUAACCUGAUUUCACUUCAUCGUCAUAAUUACUUCCUAAGUAAAACGUUCAGCCGUCAAUCGGUGUGGUACAUGAUCCUACAGUCUUGUUAUAAGAUCUUGAUCAUGGUUCGAAUACCAAGAAAGUAACUGCACGAUAAAUAUGAGAUUCUAGUGUAGAUCGUCUCAGGAUUCGUGAGACGGUGUACAUUGCAAUCGCGGAUUUAAGCAAAGAGAAAAUAGAUUGAACGGUGGACAAUAUUUCAUGAAGCUGUCUCGACAAAAUUAAUAGUUUUGACGAAUGAACCGGAGAGAAUCAUCUUUACACAACAGAAACACUUCGACGAUGAUUUAUUUAUCUUAUGUCCUGAUCAUUGACGCUUUUCACUCAGGGAUCUUUGAUAGGGCAAUUUGAUAAGGGAAUGCUGGAACGUAGAAGUCAUAGAAAAAUCGUAGAGAAAAACUGGACUAAUUGAUCGGAUUAAUAAAAAAACGAUAGGAAUUCCCGCUUCUUCUUUACAGACUGAGAAAAAUUAAAAGAUGAUUGAUUUUUUAACGAGAAGACGUCUUAUUAAAUUAAUAAAAUACCACACUUACAGUAUUUCUACUGCUAUUAAUAGCAUUAAUGAUUUAUAAUUAAAUUUUCUUUUUAAAUUUAACUUUCUGAACCAUGAUGUAUUAUUAAUAGCAAUGAAGAUUGUAAGUUACAAAUUUAAAAAAGCGGAAAAGAGAAUAUAGAAUUCGUUCUCUCCAGAAAAAUUAGGGUUUACAUAUCCUGUGUUCAAUGAUAUAGGACAAGCAUUAAUUCAUAUUUAAUUUAUUGUGUGAGUAGAACAGUAGCACUAACUUUAUUAACAUGGAAAACAUAUACAUAAAGAAUAUAUUUUUUCUACGGUUAUAUUACUUAGCAUAUGUAAAUUUUGUUCAUCUUCUUUCAAAUCAAUUAAAUUUAAUAUAUAUUUCGACAUAUAUACAUAUUGAUUGAUUGAUUGAUUGAUUAACUGAUUGAGUAUGUAUAUGUAUUUCCUUGUUAAUGAAGUUUAUACACAAAGCAUUUAAAGUUGAAAUGAAGUUAAUAUAUAUUUUGUUUCAAGCUGACUCGAGCGAUACCACAAUGAGUUAUUUGUACAACAUUAUCUCUCUAAUAUAACAUUGAUGUUUUUAAAAAUCAGAAAAUUUAAGACUUUGUUUCACUUUUAAUCAUUGUGACAAAAGAUACAAAAUGUUGUGGUCCAAUUACAAUAUUAUUAUUAAACUCAUUAAGUGGUUUCCAUACAAUCGAUGUGACUUAAUUGUAACGAUAAGAUAAAUCAUCGAAAUAUCCCAAAUACUUUGAAACGUAAACUAGCUUUCUAUAAAUAUUGUUCAAUUAUCGCGUACGAAUAUCCCCCAUGAAAAUGCAUAUAAAGACAAUAAUAUCGCAACUAUACGUUUUCUUUUUGCAACGAACAGUUACUUAAUAUUUUAGUUAUCGGAUUUAAGUUAUUUAUUCGUAGGGUAAAUUCUGCGUAGGUGCAACUAAUAGUUAGUUAAGUUUCCCUGAAUAACGAUCGUCUCGUUAUUAAUCAGCAUAUUUUCAGACUGUCGUAUAUUUAACAUUGUAUAUAAAGUUACGAACAAUUUAUAUGUGUGGUAACUUACGGAUAUUUAUAUAUUAAUGUACAAUGUAAGAGAAGAACGGAAUUAAACGAAUGAUUGCAAACGACAGAAAAGAAUUUACUACACGCGCACAUUACAAAGUUUUGUGAAUUUAGACAACUUUUUGUACCAAUUUUCUUUGCAAUACUACUGUCGUUUAGGGUGCUUGUUUUUGAGUGACAGAAAAUGUGUUUAUUUCUAUUCUAUCGACCAAUAAUUUCAUUUGAUAUAUGAACAAGUAUAGAAAAUCUAUACUUAAACGUGUACCCCAUAAUGUAUGUUUGUGUAAACAUGAGGUGCUUAAAGCAGAAAGUGCCUUAGAUUCAGUUCUGCUAUCACAUUCAUCGGAAAUCAAACAUCUGUUUGAACCAUAGUUUGUAAAAUUAUUUUUUCAUUGAUUGUACGCAACUGAUAGAUUAGAAAUAGAUUGUUGUUGUAAGCAUUUUUGUAUUCUAUCCAAUGAAGGGUUUGUUACUUCCAAGCAAUUGUAUUUUGUAACAAAUAAGUUGUCUGCACUGAAAAUAAAUUUUCUCCUUGGAUGGGUACAUGAACAA